UAUCCAUAUAAUUGAAUACGGUAAUUUACACCGAUCCGACAAGCUCCGUAACGACACCACACGACACGACACGACACGACAAGACAUUCGAGCAAAGAAUGUUUUGUCGGUCUGUCGGUCCCUGUCGGAAUCACUUUAGUUGAAAUAUACAUAUUUUCAUAUGCUCAUAUUAUCAUAUAAAUAUUAUAUAAUUAUUAUAGACGUAGUACCUACAUAGGUACAGUCUUUACAUUAGAUUCGACUACUUAUAAAAUAUGGUUUAUAUAUAAAAAUUAUGGUAUGAUAGUAAAUAAUAUGUUGUUUAUAUUACUCAAAAUAUAUACUAAUCAUAGCAUGUACAAAAAUAACAACCCAAAAACCCAACAAAUACAUCGUAUAAACUGAUUACUAAUAAUAUUAUUUAUUUAUUGUGAUUUGUGUGCAUUUGUAGUGUAAACUGUUAAGACGAAUAACGUCUGCAAUAUUUUAUUAUUCAAUUACAUUUACUUUUAUUUUAAUACAAUUUUUAUAACUAAAGUAUUUAUUAAAUUUAAAAAAUGAAUACUGAAAUGUUAAUUGAAUUGGUCAGAGAGCGACCUUGUUUAUAUGAUAUGAGUAUCAAAAAAUACAGUGAUCAUGCAUAUAAAGAAACCAUUUGGAGAGAAAUCGCUGCUAUAUUAAAACAACCCGUACAAGAUUGCAAAAAAACAUGGACAAACUUGCGAGACUCAUUUAGAAGAGCUCAAAAAAAUGCGGUGACCAAAUCUGGACAAAAGUCUAAACUUUUAAAAAAAUGGAAGUUUGAAGAUGAGUUGCAGUUUUUAAAAUCGCAUAUGAAAGAAAGAGAAUCCAUAAGUAACAUCGAUACAGUGAGUGAUGACGAUGAAGAAGUGAUUGAAGAGGAUAAUGAAAUAUGUCUACCCGAAAAGAACACUGAACUUGAAAUUGAUCCUUCCUGCAAUGAUACUUAUUUUAAUAAUUUAAGUCCAUGCACGUCAACACCAUCACCAAAAGAAUAUCGCCAACCAAUUCUUAAAAAUACAUUGGCCACAAUGGCCAAAAAAAAAAGCAAGGUAUCAAAUUCUCCUUCAGAAACGGCAUCUUCAACUUUAAUGAAGUAUAUAUUAGAAAAAAAAAAUGAGUCAAAAAGUGAGUUAAGUGCUAUUGAUCAAUUUUUUUUGAGCAUGUGUUCUACCGUCAAACAAUUUUCUCCAUAUCAUCAGCAUCUGGCCAAAACAAAAAUUUUUUCCAUCGUUUCGGAGAUUGAAUUAGAAAACUUGGGAAGUAUACAACAACAGCAACUAUUUCAUCCACGCUCACAAUCUAUAUCAAACUUUGAUGUACAACAUCAGGUGCAAGCAGUAGCUCCUCAGAUGCCUCCGGGCCAAAGUCAACAUCAUCCUCAGUCACAAAUCAACAGUUUAUAUCCACUUCAACAACAUUCUGAAGAUAGUCAAGAGGCCCAAAACUUAACAUCUUCAGCAACCAGUUAUUUCCAACACUAUCAAGUAGAUACAGACAGGAUAUAAAUCAACAAAACAAGUUUGUUUAUUUAAAGUAUUUAUUCUUAAUGUAUUUGUAAACAUUUAUUUAAAUUUAACAGAAUAUUGUUUUUAUUUUAUCAAAAAGCUUUGUUUUUUUAUUUUAUGAAAAGAAAUUCGAUUUAAUUAUUAACAAUUUGCAGUAUUUUUAGAAAUUACGCAUUUGAAAUUAAUUGUAUACAUUAAAAUGAAUAAAUAAAUACAUUGUUUUUUAAAAAAAAAAGGCGUUU